AUGUCUUUACGACACGAAAUAAAUAGCAUUGAUGGCUGUCUACAAAAAGAAGAAAAAGAAGAAAAAAAAGAUAAAACUGUGGUGGAAGGUAGCAUCCGGUUGAAAAAAGAAAUUGGUUUGUUUGAUGGAGUUGCUAUUAUUGUUGGAGUUAUUAUAGGAUCUGGAAUAUUUGUAUCUCCACAAGGUGUUCUUAUCAGAGCUGGUUCCGUUGGUAUCGCUCUCAUAAUAUGGGUUCUUUCUGGACUUUUAUCACUCAUUGGAGCUUUAUGUUAUGCAGAAUUAGGUACUAUGAUACCUAAAUCCGGAGGAGAUUAUGCUUAUAUUAACGAAGCUUUUGGACCACUUCCUGCUUUUUUAUACUUGUGGGUCGCACUUUUAAUUUUGGUUCCAACAGGCAAUGCAGUAACUGCAAGAACAUUUGCCCAAUAUAUUUUACAACCUUUGUGGCCUAAUUGCGUCGCACCAUCAGUUGCUGUCAAGCUCAUAGCCGCUCUCAUAACUUGCGUUUUAACUGCUAUCAAUUGCUACAAUGUUAAAUGGGUGACGCGAGUUCAAGACAUAUUCACAGCCACAAAAAUGUUGGCUUUAAUUGUAAUUAUUUGUACUGGAUUAUAUAAUCUGUGCACAAAAUCUGCUGGAUCACUUAAAACAUCAAUGAGAGGAACUUCAAUUGAUCCCGGUCAUUUGGCACUUGGUUUUUACUCUGGAUUAUUUUCCUAUUCAGGAUGGAGUUUUCUUAAUUUUGUUACUGAAGAACUCAAGUCACCUCAUAAAAAUCUUCCUCGAGCAAUAUGCAUAUCAAUGCCAACGGUUACAAUUGUUUACGUGCUAACUAAUGUGGCAUAUUUUGUUGUUUUAUCACAAGAAGAAAUUUUAUCUUCCAAUGCCGUUGCUGUGACUUUUGCUAAUAAAACUCUAGGAAUAAUGGCUUGGACUAUGCCUUUUUUUGUUGCUUGUUCAACUUUUGGAGCUUUAAAUGGAGCAAUUUUUGCUAGUUCUAGAUUAUUUUUUGUGGGAGCUAAACACGGGCAUUUACCAGCAGCAAUUGCAUUAAUUAAUAUAAACAAAUUCACGCCAGUGCCUUCCUUAAUUUUUUUGUGUUUAAUAACAUUAAUACUUCUUUUCAUUGACGACGUUUACGUUUUAAUUAAUCUCACUAGUUUUAUUGAAUCCUUAUUCACACUUAUAUCUGUAUCUGGUUUGCUUUGGUUAAGGUAUACAAAACCUGAAUUAAUUAGGCCCAUAAAGGUAAAUUUAAUUUUACCUGUUAUUUUUUUUUUAAUUUGUUCUUUUUUGGUUGUUUCCCCAUGCUAUGUCACACCGAUUGAAGUUGGUGUAGGUUGUAUAUUCAUUUUAGGAGGAAUUCCUUUUUAUUUUGUGUUUAUUUAUUGGAAAAACAAACCACAAUGGCUUUAUAAACUUUCAGAAAAUUUUAAUUUAGUUUGUGCCAAAUUGUUUCUUUGUAUUCUUGAAGGAAAAGAAUAA